AUGACGGUCUCCUACUCCCUAGAUAAUCUCAAGAAUAUCAGUAAUGCCCUGGUGGGUGAUCAGCUGGCUAAAGUAGACUACUUUUUUGCUCCGAAGUCCCAGAUUUUUCAGUAUUUGGUGUCCAUUGAGCCAGACAACAGCAUAGCUUUGAAGAAUGCGAAGUUAGAUCUGCUAUAUAUAAUCCUACACCUAGAACCGCAGCAAAGAGACAUGGUAGGCACAUCUUAUCUUGAUAUUGUGCCUGCGAUCUACAAGUCCAUCACUCUGGCAAGAAGCUUUACGCAAAAUAGUUCAUUGACCAAUUAUAAGUACAUCAAACUUUUAAAUCUGUGUGCGGAAGUUUAUCCCAACUGCGUGUUUCCAGAGCUACAAUACCUUAAAAAUGGUUUCAUCCACUUAGUCAACCACAGAUUUUUGAGAGGCAAAUGCAAUACAGAUGAAGUAGCCACCAUAAUUGAAUUAUUAAAGUUGUUUUUACUCGUGGACGAGCAAAGUGAUGGCGAUUUUAACCAGACCAGGCCCAUAAAGCAAGAAAGAGAAGUGACGGAAAUUUCCCAGUAUCAAGAUUUUAGUAUGGCUAAUGCCCUUGAACAGAUAAUAGUUAACACCUCUGAAAAAUACCUGGGCCAAAUAAGCCUCAAGUAUAUAGUAAGACUAAAAGUUUCCAGGCCAGCGUCGCCAUCCAGCGUCAAGAACGAUCCAUUUGAUAAUAAAGGUGUUGACUGCACCCGCGCAAUUCCUAAGAAAAUUAAUAUUUCAAACAUGUACGACUCUGGCCUAUUAUCAUUGGGCUUGCUGCUUUAUUUAAGGUACCACUAUGUGAUACCAGACGAUAAGAAGUUACGGAAUGAUUUGACAUUCAAAAUGUUUGUUUUGGGCCUCCUGAAGAGUGACGAUGUCAACAUUAGAUGCGUUUCCUUGAAAUUCCUAUUGCAACCAUAUUUUACGGAGGAUAAAAAAUGGGAGGAUUCGCGUACCCUAGAGAAAAUACUGCCAUACCUGGUUGAAUCGUUCAACUAUGAUCCAUUGCCUUGGUGGUUUGAUCCAUUUGAUAUACUGGAUUCGUUGGUCGUACUGUAUAACGAGAUCACUCCAAUGAAUAACCCUGUGCUCACCACAUUAGCCCAUACAAACGUUAUAUUUUGUAUUCUAUCCCGUUUCGCCCAGUGUCUCUCUUUGCCACAACAAAAUGAGUCUACUUUGAGGACAACCACAAAAUUUAUCAAACUCUGUGCGUCCUUUGCAGCAUCGGAUGAAAAAUACCGUCUGUUAUUACUGAAUGACACUUUGUUGUUGAAUCACCUAGAGUACGGAUUGGAAUCCCAUAUCACUUUGAUACAGGAUUUUAUAUCUUUGAAAGAUGAGAUAAGGGAAACCGUUAUUGAAACGCAUUCUAUGAGCUUGCCUCCCAUAUAUGAUCACGAAUUUGUAUCUGCUUGGUUGUCGUUGUUGAAAUCGUUCUCAAGAAGUGUCUCAGCGCUUAGGACAACUUUGAAAAGAAAUAAAAUAGCACAACUACUAUUACAAAUAUUGAGUAAAACGUAUACUUUAACUAAGGAAUGCUAUUUUGCAGGACAAGAUUUCAUAAAACCGGAAGUCAAAAUUAUGGGCAUUACAUUGGGCAGCAUUUGUAAUUUUGUGGUGGAAUUCUCUAAUUUGCAAUCAUUCAUGCUGAGAAACGGUAUAAUAGAUAUAAUCGAAAAAGUAUUAGGUGAUCCAUUGUUCAAUUCAAAAAAAGCUUGGGACAGUAGCGAAGAUGAAAGAAAAAUUGCUUUGGAAGGUAUACCAGUACACGAAGUAAAGGCAAACUCGUUAUGGGUAUUAAGGCAUUUAAUGUACAACUGCCAGAACGAAGAGAAGUUUCAACUUUUGGCGAAAAUCCCAAUGGCGUUGGUUUUAGAUUUUAUUAAUGAUCCAUGUUGGGCAGUACAAGCCCAGUGUUUCCAGCUGCUUAGAAACUUGACCUGUAAUUCGAGGAAAAUCGUAAAUAUCCUAUUAGAAAAAUUCAAAGAUGUAGAAUACAAGAUUGAUCCCCAAACCGGCAGUAAAAUUAGCAUCGGUUCCACGUAUCUCUUUGAAUUUUUAGCAAAGAAAAUGAGGUUAUUGAAUCCAUUGGAUACCCAACAAAAGAAGGCAAUGGAAGGUGUGUUAUACAUAAUUGUCAAUCUAGCAGCAGUAAACGAGAACAAAAAGCAAUUAGUGAUCGAACAAGACGAAAUAUUGAACAUUAUGAGUGAAAUAUUGAUAGAAACUACAAUCGAUAGUUCACGUUACGGGAACGACAACAAUUUGAAGUUAGCAUGUUUAUGGAUACUUAAUAACUUACUUUGGAAUUCAUCAGUUUCACAUUAUACCCAAUACGCGAUUGAAAAUGGUCUGGAACCAGGGCACUCACCGAGUGAUACAGAAAACCCACAAUCCGCGGUCACUAUAGGGUAUAACGAACCUGUUGCCGGUGGAUACUCUAGGGGGAAGUAUUUCGAUGAGCCAGAUGGCGAUGACAGCAGUAGUAAUGCCAAUGAUGGUGAAGAUGACGACAAUGAAGAUGAUGAAGACGAUGACGACGGUGAUGAAUUUGUCCGUACUCCCGCUGCAAAAGGUAGCACGUCUAAUGUACAAGUGACACGUGCUACGGUGGAAAGAUGUAGAAAACUCGUAGAGGUAGGAUUAUACGACUUGGUCAAAAAAAAUAUCACUGACGAGUCAUUAUCUGUUAGAGAAAAGGCAAGAACGUUGCUAUAUCAUAUGGACUUGCUUCUGAAAGUUAAGUAA